AUAUUUAAUUUACUCAAAUUGUUCACACUUUAAUUUGGAUUGGACUAGAUGCUAUCAUGCUAUAAAUUAAGUCCUUUGCUUUCCUUACAAUCCUCCACCUCCCUCUUAUUCAAAAACAGUGUCUAGGCUCAUUAAGCCAUAGCAGAAAUGACUUCCUUUUUAUCAACAUCUAGUUCAAAGUUCUUCAAUUCAAAACUACAAUAUUGCUUGUUUUGGCUAUUAAUUGGUGUAGCUUCAGCUCAAUUAUCACCAAAUUUCUAUUCAAGCUCAUGCCCAAAUGCACUUUCCACAAUCCAAUCUGCUGUUCAAUCUGCUAUAAAUAAUGAGACUCGCAUGGGAGCAUCCUUACUCCGGCUUCAUUUCCAUGAUUGCUUUGUAAAUGGAUGUGAUGGUUCCAUUUUACUCGAUGACACAGCAAAUUUCACUGGUGAGAAAACAGCGGUUCCAAAUCUAAAUUCAGUUAGGGGUUUUGAAGUGAUUGAUACCAUUAAAUCACAAGUUGAGAAUGUAUGCGCCGGUGUUGUAUCUUGUGCUGAUAUAUUAGCAGUUGCUGCUAGAGAUUCUGUGGUUGCGCUUGGUGGACAAAAUUAUACCGUGUUACUUGGAAGAAGAGAUUCCACAACAGCAAAUAUGAGUGCAGCUAAUUCCAGUCUUCCUGCUCCUACUUUCAAUCUUUCCCGACUUAUUACUUUGUUUUCCAACCAUGGCUUUAAUGCCCAAGAGUUGGUUGCUUUGUCAGGUGCACAUACUAUAGGGCAAGCAAGAUGCACUACAUUCCGACCACGUAUCUAUAACGAUACUAACAUAAAUUCCACAUUCGCCACAUCUCUACAAUCAAAUUGUCCUCAGACCGGAGGUGACAACAACACUUCACCACUCGAUACUACCCCGAACACGUUCGACAAUGCCUACUUCAACGACUUGUUAAGCCUAAAGGGUCUUCUUCACUCGGACCAAGAAUUGUGGAGUGGUAAUACUACUGGAACCACGGAUAAUCAAGUCUCGGCUUAUAGUUCAAAUUCGACGGCAUUCUUUAGGGAUUUCUCCAAUGCUAUGAUAAAGAUGGGUAACAUGAGUGUUCUUACAGGUACAAGUGGAGAAAUAAGAACAAAUUGUAGGAAGCCAAACUCAGCUGGUUUGAACUUGAUUGACACUAAGAUUAUUGAUCUAAUCACAACUAUAUUUAAUAUUUCCAAUAUAAUGGAGUUUUUCUUAUCAUCUUUUGGAUCCAAGUUUUUCUGUUUUAAGCUUCAAUAUUACUUGUUUUUAGUACUCAUUGGAGGAGCUUCAGCUCAAUUAACACCAAAUUUCUAUUCAAACUCGUGCCCAAAUUUACUAUCCACAAUCCAAUCUGCUGUGAGGAAUGAGGCUCGCAUGGGAGCAUCCUUGCUUCGGCUUCACUUCCAUGAUUACUUUGUUAAUGGUUGUGACGGUUCGAUUUUACUCAAUGACACUGCCAAUUUUACUGGAGAACAAAGUGCAACUCCAAAUAUUAAUUCGGUGAGAGGCUUUGAGGUGAUCGACAACAUAACAGCUCGGGUUGAGAGUAUAUGUGCUGGUGUUGUAUCAUGUGCUGAUAUUUUAGCAGUUGCUGCUAGAGACUCCGUUGUUGAGCUUGGUGGACCAAGUUGGACCGUGCUACUAGGAAGAAGAGAUUCAACCACAGCAAAUUUAACUGCAGCUAAUGUCAAUCUUCCUGCUCCAACUAUGAAUAUAAGCGAGCUCACUAAAAUGUUCUCUGACAAAGGACUUAAUCCACAAGAUUUGGUUGCUUUAUCAGGAGCUCACACUAUUGGUGUUGCAAAAUGCUUGAAUUUCCAAAAUUGCCUCUCACAAGACUCCAACAUAAACCCCACAUUUGCUUCAUCUUUACAAGGAACUUGCCCUAGGGAUGGGUCAAGGGCUAACAACACCGUGCCACUCGACGCAACCCCAACGACGUUUGAUAAUGUCUACUUCAAUAACUUGUUGAUUUCACAAGGUCUACUUCACUCCGACCAGGAAUUGUUCAAUGGUACUGGAUCAACAGACUCUAUAGUCUCGUCUUAUAGUUCAAAUUCUUCAACAUUCUUUAGAGACUUUGCCAAUGCAAUGAUAAAGAUGGGAAACAUUGAUGUUAUUACGGGCACAAAUGGAGAGAUUAGAACUAGUUGUUGGAAGACCAACACUGAUGCUUCAACCUUGAUUAAAGAGAAGAUUUUCGAUAUAAUCACAACUCUCUUUGAUGUUUAA